CCCCGAUCAGAGUUCAUGCUGCAGAAAAACAACUGGUUUGGAUGUAGCUGGAUGUGUUCUUUAAUUCUUCGCACUUCGACGGAGGAUAUACAGUGGGUGUAAACUCGGCUAGCGUUGGAUGUUAUUAUGUCUUUACCGACUAGACGAAGCUCUAUUGUGGCACAUUUGGUGCUCGUGCUACUGGCGUGUUACCUGGAAGCGGUGAGCGGACAGCUUUCCUACUCCGUCUCAGAGGAGGUAAACCCCGGGACUGCUGUUGGAAAUAUCGCCAAGGAUCUGAACGUAAACGUACAAGAACUGGAAUAUCGUAGGUUUCAUAUUGUUACUGGGACCAAAAGAACAUAUUUUGAGGUAAAUCUAAAGACUGGUGUUCUCUUUGUGAACGAGAGAAUGGACAGAGAAGAGCUGUGUGCAAAGGCUCCGACGUGCACUGUAAGUGUGGAGGCCGUUAUAAACGAUCCAUUGAAGCUUUACCGCGUUGAAAUAACUAUUUUAGAUGUAAAUGACAAUGGUCCGUCUUUUAGUGCAAUAUCUCAAGUCGUAGACAUAACCGAAAACACUUUACCUGGAGCGAGAUUCCCUCUUUCAGAGGCUAAUGAUGCGGACUAUGGUAAGAAUGGAUUAAAUACAUAUACACUGAGUAACAAUGAUUUUUUUUCUCUGGCAGUCCAUAAGGGACGUGAGAGUGCUUCUGCUGAGUUAGUUCUACAGAAACCUUUAGACCGAGAGAAACAGUCUGUUAUCCAGCUCACACUCACGGCUGUAGACGGAGGGAAUCCUCCCAGGUCUGGCAAAUCAAAUAUCAUUAUUAAUGUUUUAGACAUAAACGAUAACGCUCCAGUCUUUAGCAAUCCUUUGUACAAAACCCGUGUGUCUGAAAAUAUUGCCAUAGGCACGACAAUAAUCACGUUGAAUGCAACAGACGCAGAUGAAGGCAUUAAUGGUAAAAUCACCUACUCUCUUAGACAAAAAGACCAAGAUAGUCUUUUGGAUCUUUUCCAUGUAGAUCCGAUUACGGGCGUGUUAACGGUUAAAGGAAUAAUUGACCAUGAAAAAAAUAGUGCUUUUGAGGUCCGUGUACAAGUACAUGACGGAGCAACACCCCCGAUGACCUCUCAUUCAAAACUACUGAUAGAAGUAUUGGAUCAAAACGACAAUGCCCCAGUAAUUACUGUGACGUCACUUUUAGACAGAGUAAAGGAGGACGCCAAAUUAGGCACUGCCAUAGCACUGGUGUCUGUCCUCGACAUAGAUGGAGGCAAAAACGGGAUUGUGAAGUGUGAUAUAAGCAACAAAGUCCCCUUUAAAUUGGAAACAAACUAUAAGAACUAUUAUUCUUUAGUAGUAGACGGUUUUCUUGACAGAGAGAGCGUCGCCAAAUAUAACGUCACCAUCACGGCUACAGAUGAAGGAACCCCUUCUCUCUCCAGCACCAGCGUUAUUACUGUACACGUUUCUGAUGUCAAUGACAACACGCCACGCUUCUCAGAAGCCGCGAUCAAUGUUUACGUUAAAGAGAACAGCCCUGUUGGAAAUGUCAUUCAAACAGUGUCUGCUUUAGAUUAUGACGUCGGUGAAAAUUGUCAGUUGAGCUACUCAUUUACGGACAUUAACUCUUUACCGUUGUCUACGAUGGUGAAAAUAAACUCAGAGACAGGAGAGAUAGUGAGCCUGCAGUCUUUUAACUAUGAAGAGUUAAAAACGUUCCAGUUUAAAGUUCAGGCCAGAGACUCUGGUGUUCCUGCUCUCAGCAGCAACGUCACUGUGAACGUUUAUAUCCUGGAUGACAAUGACAACAGUCCCGGGAUUCUCGCGCCCUACUCUGAGCACGGCUCUGUUAACUCUGAGAACAUUCCCUACUCUGCUGAAGCGGGCUACUUUGUGGCCAAGAUCAGGGCUGUAGACGCAGACUCUGGCUACAAUGCGCUGCUUUCUUAUCACAUCUCUGAGCCCAAGGGAACCAACCUCUUCCGCAUCGGAACCAGCACAGGAGAGAUACGGACUAUGAGGAGAAUGAGUGACAAUGACCUGAAAACUCACCCGUUGGUGGUGUUGGUUUCUGACAACGGAGAGCCUUCACUGUCAGCGACGGUGUCUAUUGAUGUAGUGGUGGUUGAAAACACAGGAGAAGUCAAGACUCAAUUCAGACAUGUACCUCAAAAGGAGGAGAGCUUCUCUGAUUUAAACCUGUAUUUGCUGAUCGCCAUUGCCUCUGUGUCAGUCAUAUUUCUACUGAGCCUCAUAAGUCUAAUAGCUGUAAAAUGCCACAAGACAGAAGACAGUUUCAACAGAUACAGCCACCCAAUGAUCACCACACACCCUGAUGGAAGCUGGUCGUACUCUAAAUCUACUCAGCAGUAUGACGUGUGUUUCAGUUCAGACACAUUGAAAAGUGAUGUAAUGGUGUUCCCUGCACCGUUUCCGCCUGUGGAUGCGGAGUUGAUCAGUAUUAACGAAGGAGACACUUUUAACCGGACUCAGACAUUACCCAACAAAGAAAAGGUAAGAUAA